AUGGGACCCGGCGUGGGGGCUAGAGUGGUCCUGAUCUCCCUGGAGGGAAACAGGCUCUACUAUGCAAUCUGCCUCCACUUCAAGGCCUCAAAAAACAUCGCAGAAUAUGAAACCCUCAUCAACGGGCUACGUAUCGCCAUUGAGCUCGGCGCGACACGGCUCUACGUUCGCGGAGACUUAGAAUUAGUGGUCGACCAAGUCAUGAAGGAGUCGUCCUACAAAAGUCCAUUCAUGGUAGUGUACUUCCAAGAGGUGCGCAACCUCGAGGAGAAGGUGGUCCGUAGGUGCAAGGGGUGUGAGUUCUACGCCCGACAGACUCACUUGUCAGCGUUGGAACUCCAGGCCAUCCCCAUCACCUGGCCAUUCGCGGUCUGGGGCCUCUACAUGGUCAAACCCCACAAAAAGGCCUCAAGAGGUCACACCCACCUGCUCAUUGUGGUGGAUAAGUUCACCAAGUGGAUUGAGGCAAAGCCCAUCACCAACAUCCGCUCACAAGAAGCGGUCGAGUUCUUCCUCGACAUCAUCUACCGGUUCAGCGUCCCUAACUACAUCAUCACAAACAACGGAACAUACUUCACCGGCAAGAAGUUCCUAGAUUUUUGUGACAGUUACGGCAUCAGGGUCGACUAG